GCAAACGGCUGUUAAGUCGCAACAACGCGUCUAAAUUUGGUCGUGUUUUGAAAAUCCCAUCCGGAGGUUACAAUGGUACUCGUACUGUGUAGCUUGACGCCGGUGAACGUUCGCUCUUCAUUCAUUUCACUCGCAUCCCAGCAGCGAGCCCUCCCCUCCUGUUUCUCUCCGCUUGGAAAGAUGGCUCCUCCGGCAGUGGCGAGGAGCUCUGGCCCGGCGCUAUGCCCGAGCUUCGCGGAGGCCUGUUCGUUCCUGGACCGAUAUGGAGCGGCUCUGGAUCUGCCCGAGAUGACUUUCCCUCAGAUGGAGAGGUAUCUGCGGGAAACGACAUCAGUCCCCAAACCUCUUGUGGAGCUCCACGUGAAACUACUCAGAAAAUUGGGAAGAUCUGUGACAACAGAUCGCUGGGAAAAAUACCUGGCUAAGGUUUGCCAGGAGUUGAAUAGUACCUGGGCAUGGGAGCUGGAACAGAAGGGCUACCAAGAGAUGUCCAUGGAGUGCAAGUCAAGCAUCCUCAAAUACCUCUGCGAAUGUCAGUUUGAUGACAACCUCAAGUUUAAGAUGGCCAUCAAUGAAGAGGACCCGGACAAGAUGCGUCUGCAGCCUAUAGGUCGGGACCAGCAGGGCCUGAUGUACUGGCUUCAGCUGGACCAGGAGCAGAACAUCCGGCUGUACACAGAGGAGCAGGACGAUCUGGACGGAUCCACAUGGAAAUGCAUUGUUAGGACUCGUAAUGACUUGGCUGAGGCUCUGGACCUGUUGAAGGCUCAGAUUGAUCCAAACCACAGUCAGGAGAGGGACCAGAACCAGGCUGAGUCCACAGAGAAUGCAGGAGAUGAAGCCACAGGAGGCAGCAACCCUGACCCUUCCAAAGCUGCAGAAGAACACACCGAACCCAAGACAGUUGACCAAGUCAAGGAGCCCCUAAAACAAGUUAUAGAUCAGGAGCAGCUGCAGCCAAUCAAGCAGGAAAACACUGAGGCUGAAGUGAAAGAAGAGAGGGUAGACCACAAACCCCCUGUGUUCGAUAACCGUGUGAGCACGAUCACGACCAUCGUCAAAGCAGAAUCCAGGGACGCUGACACCCCCAAAAAUGCUGUGUCGGUUGUUAUGUCACCGGGUGCAUCAGUGGUGAAACCGGAAUUGAACAAGGAAGAUGAAGCAGGGCGGGCAGUUGUCAGGAGCAGCCACCAGGCCAAGAUACCACUGAAGAAGAGGGAGCUAAAGCUCGCAGAAAGCUACCAGAGUAACCAUGUGAAUAACAACAACAGCAGCAGCAGCAGCAGUAGUAUUAUUGUGUGCAACCCCUCAGUGAUCCAGAGCAAGGACGGUCAUGGAAGGGAAGGGAACUUAUCUAACUCAUUAGCUCCACCUCAUGGUCCAUCUGUGUGCCCGCAGGAGCAGCAGCAGCUAAUGGCUGCUGCCUCCAGGCAAGAACUGACCAAUGGAAGACCGUCUGUCCUUCUGCCUCACAAAGAGGGACACAACGGAGUCAUUGGGGUCAUUGGUCAAGUCGGUGUUAUAGGUCAUGUAGGUGUCAUCCGCAGCCCGUCUGAACGACACCGAGCCGCCGGUGCUGAACAGCAGGAGCCAAAUGGGCCAGGGUCAGACCUGUGGGGCUCCAGAGCAGUGGAGGGAGAUAGGGAGGUGAGCAGGCAGUCAGUGCUGGUGAGGAAGGGACCUAUGGAACGGGACUCUGCUGCUGCUCUUGCUCCUCACAAGGCGAUGGAGGCUCAAACCGUUCGAAAGCUGCCAACAUUGACACUCUCUAAAUGUGAUUCAACCCUUGAGGCUGCAGUGAGAAAAGUUGAAUCUGAUGCCGUAUCUUCACAGUCUACAGAGGAGCCCAAGAGACAGCCAGCAAAAGACCUUGGUAAGGAGACAACAGAGGGACACUUGGACAGGGGGACGAAAACAGGACUCAGUCAUCAACAGAAAGAUGACAACAAUGAUGGGAGGGCGGGGAGGACAAAAAAAAUAUCUGUUGCAGAGGAAGGAAAUAAUGAUGACCAUGAAAAGAACAGAAGCACCUUAUUGAAGCUGGAGGUUGAGUCAGUAGACACAGUUCCACCUCUAAAAGUGGACCAGAGAGAUGAAAAAGGCCACACAGACCACCAGGGAGAUGGGGUCAACGGUGAGCUUGAAGCCCAGGUCAGGGUGAAGGACAAUGGUGUUGGAUCAGCGGUGAGGCAGGGUCUCCUGGAGGAAGCCUCCUCUGAGCUUCAGAAAGAAGGAAUCAGGCUGAAGAUAAAGAUUCCUCCUCACAGGAGAAACAAGUUAAAAGGAAAAGGGGGGAAAGGCGAGGAGAAAGAGGGGGAGCAGGACGGGCAAGAUGACGGCAGGCCUCUGAGGAGAUCUGCCCGGAUUUGCAGAUCAUCUGCUUUGCCAAACUGCAGGCCGAGCUCGAAGGCAGCAGAGAGCCAGAGAAAGAAACCUCAAAAAAAACAGGCACUGGCUUCCAGAACGAGGGAAGAUGAGCAAGAAGAGGAUGAAGAAGAGGAAGAGGAGGAAGAAGAGGAGCAGAGCUCUGCCAUAAAGAAUAGCAGAAAAGCAGAACUGGUCAUGCAAAGCAGGAAACGAAGGGGGAAACGGAGGCAUCGGCGCCCCCGGUGGUCCAAUAUUCGCUCAAAGAGGCGAAAACUGAACGAGGGAGAAGAGGUGGAGGACAGAAGGAAGAAACAAGGAGAGGAGGAGAGCGAGGGAGGGAGCGACUCAGAAGAAUCCUGUAAAUCAGAGGACAUCCCCAGUGAAGAUGCCUGCACUCACUGUGGCCUGCCCAACCACCCUGAACUGAUUCUGUUGUGCGACUCCUGUGACAGUGGGUACCACACUGCCUGUCUGCGGCCACCGCUCAUGUUGAUUCCCGACGGAGAGUGGUUCUGUCCACCUUGUCAACAUAAGAUGUUGUGUGAGAAACUGGAGGAGCAGCUACAAAAUCUGGACAGUGCUUUGAAGAAAAAGGAGAGAGCAGAGAGGAGGCGGGAGCGCCUGGUGUAUGUGGGAAUCAGUGUGGAGAACAUCAUUCCUGGAGAUGAGGAGGACGACGAGGAGGAAGAGGAGGAGAGGUCUCCGAAGAAGAAAGUUUCCGAAAAGAGCAAAAAUCUCGGAAGGAGAUCAACAAGAACCAGAAAACAUAUCAGCUACAGGUUUGAUGACUUUGAUGACGCCAUCGAUGAAGCUAUAGAAGAAGACAUCAGAGACCUCUGUGGUGGAACAGGGCCGGGCAAAGAAAUCAAUACCAUGCCUGCAGAGGAUGGGAAAGAAAGCCAGCGGCCAAUCAGAAGCCAGGCACAUUUUGUGCGCAGCAGAAAGAAGCGGAGGCUGAACGACCUGGAGAGUGACAGCACGGCAGCAGAGAGCGAAGACGAGUUCAUGCUCAGCAACAGUUCAGAGGAUGAAGAUUUUGGCGCGUCUGGGGCAGAUGAUUAUGAGGAAGAAGAAGAUGGUGGCAGUGACGUGGGCAGCUUGGAGAGUGGGAUACCCCACAAACGGGCGCUGAAAAGGGCACUCAAACACAGAGUCAGCAAGACCCAACACAGGGGCAGGAAACGACCCAGGCGGCGGCGGAGACGCUCCUCCGAGGAAGAGGAGGAAGAAAGUGAGGAAGAGAUGGACUCUGACCAGUUCAGCGACAUGACUGACAGUGACGCUGACAAAAAGAGACGAGGCCUGAGACGCGGCCAGCGGCAGCAGGUCAACUACCGCGAGACAUCCGAGUCCUCGGACAACUCCCGGCCGUCCGCCUCCCAGAACAAGGUCAGGCCGAGAGGGAGGCCGCGCAAGGAGCGUCUUUCCAGCGACUACAGUGAUGUGUCGCACUCUUCCAGAGACUCGGAUGAGGAAGAGGAGGACUACGAAGACGAGGAGGAUGACCAGAAAAGGAGAAGGAUCAGGAGAAGAGAGGAGAAAGACCUGCAGAGGAGGAGGAUGAAAGACAAAUGGAGGAGAGGCAAAGAUGACAAAGACGAGGACAACAGAGAGAGGCGGAGGCGGCUGAAAGAGAAAGAGUUGAAGGAGGUGGAAAAAGACAAGCGGAGGAGAUUAAAGAGAACGGACAGAAAAGAGGAGGACCUGGAGAAGAUGGGCAGAGGAAGGAGGCGGGAGAUCUUGUCACAACAGCGGCGCAAACGGCUCGCACAAAUGCUGAAGAAACAGCGGCCUUCCACAGAUGACGACGACGAGUCAGAAGAUUCAGAGUCGUCAUCAGAAGAAGAUCGUCCAAUUCGCAAAAGACUCAACCGCAUUGACUCAGAUGAUGAUGACGAGGAGGAUGAGGAAGAAGAGGGGAGGCAGAAGAGGAAGUCUUCAGCUUCAGAGAGGAGGGUGGAUGGCGACACUCAGGAAAAGGGAAGGGGCCACAGCCUGUCGCCAUCAAACAGACAUCAGACCUCCAGAGGGUUAGCCAAGCCUGGGGAUGGAAGUCCCACAACGACCAAGGAUGGUGCAGAAUUAGGCAGGCAGGGCAAACACAAUGGCCCCUUCCAUCCAGAAGACUUAGAGGAGGAGGAUGAAGAGGGGGAUGAGGGGGAUGAGGAGGACGAUGACGAAGAGGGGGAGGAGGGCCAGACAGACUCAUUAAACUCUGUCCAGAACAGUCCACUGUCAUGAUGGCUGUGUUUGUGCGAAUAACACUUGUCUCUCUAUUUCAGUUUUUUUUGUAACUGUCAGACCUUGUUACCCACAAACCACCUGUGGAAUCCAACUCCACCCCCAUCCUCACUGUUGUAUCGUGGUAGAGUGCCAUUCACUGUAACGUACGGUACCUCACAACAGAACUUUGUCAGUACCUUUCACACUCACCGUCACUUCUUGGACCAACAGCAGCUCGCAGCACUUUGUGUUUCAGUGGACACUCUGAAGCGUACCACCGCAGGUUGUCGUAACCAUUCCUCUGGACUCUGAGUCUUGGACGUCUCUCUGGUGUGUCCAUGUGAUGGAAUGGCCGUGGUUUGUGUGUGUACGCUCGCGUGUUUGUGUAGUGUACCUCAUUCUAAAGCACUUCAUCAUUCUUAUGGCACUUAAUAACCUGCUGCCAAGGCGAGCACCAGUGUCAGACCAAACACCAACAAGUCAGGAGAUCGAACGACAACAAAACUGCAAUUUAAUCUGGUUGCACAUUUGCACACGAGGAUGAUUUGGGUUUUAUUUGUCCCAAGACAAAGUCCAGUGAGCAACACCACCACAAGAAAGAUGUAAAAAUCAAUGUUCUCUAACAUUGUCUUUGGAGAUCAACAUAAAAAACAGUAAUAACAAUAAUCAGAAGUCCGUGUCACAAACAUAGACUUAAAAAUGUAGACGCUGCAUUGGCCCUUGAAUCACAUGUUGCCGCCAUGUUUGUUCAAAAACAAAAACAGAUGGAGGUGGUGAAGACAUUUUAGCAGACCAACUUCACAUACACCACAAAACCUUAAAUGUACAAACAACCCGUUUUGAGACACUUUUUAUCCAGAAACAGUGACUCUUCCUUUGUUCUUCUGUUUUGAUUUUGUUCAGAAACCAAUAUGGCAGCAACACUGACACUUGGCUACAGUAAACCAGAGCGGUCAAUGCAGUGUUUAUGGUGCAGGAGCAGCAUAAACUUGCUCAGUUUGUGGUGCGUUCAAGUGCUCUCGUUAACUCGUGAAGUAAGAUUUGUUUUAACAUGAUCAUCAAAAUGAUCAAUAUUUUAAAACGCUUUUUUUAAAUGUAGCUGCUGAGAGUUUUUCUUUCUCUUUUUCGAACAAAGCAGUGAAAGAAUCACCUGAACGUGAGUACAUGAUAGAAAUUAGACGACGGUCAUGUGAUCACUUAGUAAGCAAAACCUAAAAAAUGAAAAUUCCUCUUACACAGACUGGGGUGAAUGAGCAGUAAAACAGACAGUGGAACCAUUUUGGAUCAGUCCUGGAUUGGCUUUGUUUCCUCCUCGGCGUGUUUGCUUUCACACUGGUCGCUCAUUUGUUCCACAGGCCUUGGUUUCGGUGGGAAUAUGUUUGCUGUACAUACUUUGCCUGUUUCACUGUAAGAUAAUAGAUGUUCUGUUCUUA